AUGCAAAUAUUCCACUUUUUCAAUUUUUCUAUCUUCUUCUUCUUCAUCUCUAUAGCAAAUGCUUACUGGCGUCCUAAAAAUCCUUGGACCACUGAACUUUCUGAAUUGUUAGCUCUACACAAUGCAUACCGACAAGCUGUGAAAUACGGUAAAGUAGCAGAUCAACCACCAGCGGUGAAUAUGGCACACUUACAAUGGUGUUUUAAAUUAGCUUCACUCUCUCGGAACUGGGCGAUGAGAUGUCAAAGUGAACGCAGUAAUAUGACAAUGAGGCAAGGCGCAUCAUGGAAAUAUGUUGGUCAAAGUGUAGCUGUUGUUUCAAAUGUCAGAAAUGCAGUUAUUCAGUGGUUCAGUGAGCAUAACAACUACAACUUCAUAACGAAUCAAUGCAAAGAAAAGAAAACAUGUGCAAACUAUAAACAAACUACUUUAUCACGAUCUCAAUGUUCUGUUCAACAGUUUACUAAUGCGUGA